UUGACUAUUUACCAGCUCCCCAAGGUUUCCAAGGUUGCCUGGUGAGCAGAAGACGCGUGAGCCCGUCUCGAUGGCGAGACCAAGUUGUCUUCAGGGUCUGUUUCCAUGAGCAUUUUCAGUUCCUCUCUCACCUGCGUGUCAGUGACUCAGAGCACGUGCUACCGCGAGCUGCGACUUCUUUGGAGCCUACUCCUGAAACGGCACGAGUGGUCCGUGAAUCAUCGUUGUGUAACUUCUGUGGACAUGGUUGACUCACUCGUGGUUGCUGAUGCUGUGCCUUAUUUAUGGGGCGCGGAGUCAGGGCGCUGUGCCAGUUCUCCUGGAAAGAUCAACGUGAAUCGGAGAAGAAAAAGCCCGGCCAGUGAGUCCUGCCCAAAGGCACUUCCUCCGGCACGGCCCCUGUCCGAAGCAAUCACUGCCCUUCAUUCAGCCUUUAAAGAACGGCCUCUAGGGGCUUUUGGGGCGAUGCGCCGUAGCGCGUGAAGGUGAGGAUAAGGGAUGUCGGGACUCGCUGCCUGCCCAUGGCACCCUUGGGGUGGGCACGGCGAGGGGGAGCCGGCUUGGAGAUCUGCCCUGCACGUCUGUCCUGGCAAAGGGGAGAGGAAAAGGAGGAAGAAAUGCCAGGACCAGCCCAACCUGGGAGACAGGAGAAGCAGAUGCUGGGAACCAGCAUGUUCCUGCUGCUGGGAUGGUCCGUGAUGCUGAGCUGCAGCCCAUGGGCACCCCAUCCUGCAAUGCUGAGCCCUUUCCAGACACACACAGAGCCGGCGCCUGCAGCGAUCCCCCCGGCUUGCUGCAGGGCAAGAGGUGUGACAGCCCUGGGCUGUGCCCCCUGUCUCAGGAGAGCCAGUGGUUUUGGUGCUAAGCCCUGCCUAGCUCAGCUGUCAGCUGGACAUACCAGGCACUUGUCAGCACCUACGAUGGCAGUCAGGUGAUGGCCCAAACAUCCGUGGGCUCCCCCCGCUCCCUCAUUUCUCAUACUCCAGCCACACCGAGAAGCAGCGAGACACCCAGCCCAGGCAACGUCCCGAGCCCGCGCUCAGCGCCGAGCCCACACCAGCCACGUACACCCAGCAGACACCACCGGUGAAAGCCCAGCGUGGGUGUUAACUGGCACUGGCCCGGAGCAGCAUGUCCCAAACCCCGCUUCCGAUCCUCCUUCGCUGCUGCUAAAGGGGAGAGACCCCCCCUCUGCCUUUCGCCCAGCACCAUGGUGGGGCAGAGCCCCCUGGACCCCAGCGAGAGCCGGACCGCCGUCCUCCUGGAGCCCUUCGUCCAUCAGGUGGGCGGCCACAUGAGCAUGAUGAAGUACGAUGAGCACACGGUCUGCAAGCCCUUGGUCUCGCAGGAGCUGAGCUUCUACGAGUCGCUGCCCUUGGCCAUGAAGCAGUUCACGCCCCAGUACAAAGGCAUCGUUUCUGUGCACCUCAAAAAGGACAGCCUCGGCAACCUGACCCUGAUCGCCAGCCCCAGCCUGCAGACGGAGAGCCGUGGCCGGCUGGAUAACGCCAUCGGCGACUCCUCGGUGACGAUAUGGCACAAAUGCAAGUGGGCUGCCAGCAGCAGCAGUGGCAGCGAGCACACACUCGUCAAGUGGAGCCACACGCAGCUCACCAAGAGCUUCAAAGACAGCUGCCCAGGGAAGAUGCUCUUGAGGACAGACCUUCAGUACCGCACAGAUUCGCUUCUGGAAGAUGCAAACCGAAACCAGCCAGAGAGAAACAGCUACAACCCCUGGGGACUGCACUGUCACAGGCAGCACCUGAACCGCAUGUCCUCCAAGCAUAACGAGAACAAACUUCAUCAGUUUCUACUGCUUGAAAAUGUGGUGUCCAAAUACAACUAUCCCUGCAUCCUGGACUUGAAGAUGGGGACGCGGCAGCACGGCGAUGAUGCCUCGGAGGAGAAGAAGGCCCGGCACAUCAAGAAGUGUGAACAAAGCACCUCUGCGUCCCUGGGCGUUCGCAUCUGCGGGAUGCAGGUUUACCAAGCGGACACCGGCCAUUUUCUCUGCAAAGAUAAAUAUUACGGCAGGAAACUCUCGCCAGAGGGAUUCAGGCAAACCUUGCGCCAGUUCCUGUGCAACGGUAACCACCUCCGAACGGAUCUCCUGGAGCCCAUCAUCCUGCGGCUGAAAGCUCUGCUUUCUGUCAUCAGGAAGCAAAGCUCUUACAGGUUCUACUCCAGCUCCCUUCUCAUCAUUUAUGACGGACAGGAGCCCAAGGAGAACGCGGCACCCUUGGAUAAUCACCUUCACUUCCAAAAAACAAACUGCACCACGUCACAUGGCACAAAUCACUCCAGAGCUGACGUCCGCAUGAUAGACUUUGCCCACACCACUUUCAAAGGCUCCAAAUGCAAUCAGACCACUUAUGACGGGCCGGACCACGGCUAUAUUUUUGGCCUGGAGAACCUUAUCAAAAUCCUUCAGAAUAUCUCAGAAGGAAAAUGACAAGUUCUGUGAAAUAGCCUGGAUUUACUAGUGACCGAUAGCCCUGAAAAGUACCGCCUUGGGUCAGUCGUAGGGGACCCUCACAGCUGCCGGGUGUCACGUGCACGGUUUGGAAUGAGAGCAUGGGCAGCUUGCUAGGAAAGUGCAAAACACGCUACGUGCCAUUACCGAACUCAAGCGUAAAAAGCAAAGAGCUGAAAGAAUCUGUUCUGUCUGCAAUCCAUCAGAAGAUUUAUUUUCCUUUCUUGUUUUACUGCUGUCCUUGAUUUAUUUGAGAGCCAAAAGAAAGCAUUACUUGAAAGAGUCUUAAUGAUAAAAGAGGACCUGCUCACCUCUACACUCACGAAGCCAAGCGGGCUAAGGAGAUAUUGUGCGUUUGAGUGAGACUAUUAAAAUGAGCUGGCAGGGCUGAACAGAUUGCAGCAUCACUUUCAACUCAUGCUCAACGCUACGGGCUGAACGCAAAGAUACAAGCAGGAGAGAAAACCUGCCCCCCCCUGACAUUCAUGCUCCACGUGCCCAGCGCUGCAAGGCAGCCGGGUGUUCUCCGUACAACGCAGGUGUGGAAACAUAGAUGCACGAGAUGCUGUGGCAGUUCUGCGCUGCUUCGGGUGUAA